AUGGAUAAGCGACUCGAUACCGCCAGGGACAAGCUUGACGAGUGCGGUGCCACUACUGAGGAGCACGUUGGCAUCAACACUUCUUUGGAGCCAUAUGGUCCUUCCGGAUUCCGUGGUCUUUUCUCAUCUCCCUACGUCGCUGCCUGCGCCGCCUUUUCGGCGAUCGGUGGCCUCCUCUUCGGCUAUGAUCAAGGUGUCAUUUCCGUGACGCUUGUGAUGGGUCACUUUCUCGAUCGCUUCCCUGAAGUCUCGGAUGAUGCUCCUGGCGCAGGCUUCAAGAAGGGCCUCAUGACCGCCAUGAUCACGCUCGGUGCAUUUAUAGGUGCUAUCAACCAGGGUUGGAUCUCUGACUGGAUAUCCAGAAAGCGCUCGCUGAUGGUUGCUGUUGUGGUAUUUACGAUUGGAUCUACUCUCCAGACCGCUGCUGUCAACUAUGCCAUGCUGGUUGUAGGACGCUUUAUCGGGGGCAUUGGUAUUGGACAACUAUCGAUGGUGGUGCCUCUCUACAUUGCAGAGAUUUCUCCACCUGAAAUCCGGGGUGCUUUACUCGUCUUUGAAGAACUAUCGAUCGUUAUAGGAAUUGUUGUUGCAUUCUGGAUAACCUACGGGACAAAGGGAAUUCCCAAUCGCGAAUCAGAAGCCUUAUCUAGCCUCGCCAAGCUCCGCGCCCUUCCCGAAUCCGACCUACGAGUUCAACGCGAAUGGAUGGACAUUAUUGCCGAGGCCCGAUUCCAAGCAACCGUCCUCCGCGAACGACACCCUGAUCUUACUUCAAAGACAGAUAUGAUGGGAAAGAUGCGUCUUGAGUUUGUCAGCUGGGGAGAUUGCUUCAAGUCUGGCUGUAGGCGUCGAACUCUUGUUGGUGCAGGCCUCAUGUUCUUCCAGCAGUUCACUGGAAUCAACGCUCUGAUCUAUUAUUCACCAACCCUGUUCGGGACCAUGGGCCUCGACUUUGACAUGCAACUAAUCAUGUCGGGCGUCCUCAACGUGACGCAGUUGAUUGGUGUUCUGUCGAGCUUAUGGACCAUGGAUCGUUUCGGCCGCCGGGGUAUCCUCCUUUGGGGUAGCUUUCUAAUGUUUGUGCCGCAUCUCAUUAUAGCUGUCUUGGUGGGCAAGUUCUCGAAUGAUUGGCCCAGCCAUACUGCAGAAGGCUGGACAAGUGUCGCUUUUCUCCUAUUUUACAUGCUUGCCUUUGGUGCCUCUUGGGGCCCUGUUCCCUGGGCCAUGCCAGCAGAAGUCUUUCCAUCAUCUCUCAGAGCAAAGGGUGUGGCAAUCUCCACCUGCUCAAACUGGAUCAACAACUUCAUCAUUGGUCUCAUUACGCCACCUCUUGUGCGCGAAACAGGCUUCGGCGCCUAUGUCUUCUUUGCCGUAUUCUGUCUUCUGUCCUUCGUCUGGGUCUGGUUCAGUGUGCCUGAGACUAACGGAAAGUCUCUUGAGGAGAUGGACAGCGUUUUUAAGGAUCGGACUGGAGUGGCAGAUAUUGCCACGAAGGACCGUAUCCUUGCCGAGGUCUACAACGAGCGACAGAGCCGUUGA